GUCAGCCGAGAUCAGAAGCAGGACAUCAGAGUCCAUGAGAGAGGAGGAGCAGGAGGAGCAGGAGGAGCAGUAGAGGAGCGGAAUGGAGGAGGACAAGCAGAACCCGGAGCACCGGAGCAACAAGGUCCGGAGAAGACAAGCAGCAGGCUCGUCCUCUGAUAGCAGCGAUGUUGAGGAACAGAGAGGAAGAGAGGAACUUAUACGUCACCACCGUGACAAAUCCUUCACAACAUCUGGAUCUUUAAAAAUUCAUCAAAGAGUUCAAACUGGAGAGAAACCAUACAGCUGUGACCAAUGUGAGAAAACAUUUUUUCGCUGCAGUGCCCUCAAAGCCCAUCAACGCAUUCACAUUGAAGGGGAACUGUCCAGUUUUUUCCAAAGUGGGAAGGAUUUCACAGAGUCAGGGACCUCAAAAAAACGACACAUUGACACAGCAGAGAAGCUGUUUAGCUGUGAUCAAUGUGAGAAAGCUUUCACCACUCUACGUAGCUUAAAAAGUCACCACCGUGUUCACACAGGAGAGAAGUUGCACUGCUGUGACCAAUGUGGGAAAACUUUUUCGCAACGCACGUCCCUUGAAACUCACCAAAUAAUUCACACAGAAGAGAAACCGUACAGCUGUGAUCAGUGUGGCAAAGCUUUCACACGCUCAGGUCACUUGACAGCUCAUCAACGCAGUCACACAGGAGAGAAACCAUACGGGUGCGACCAAUGUGGGAAGAAGUUUUCUCAAAUCAGAACCUUAAUAUCUCAUAAAUAUAUUCACACCGGUGAGAAACCAUACAGGUGUGAUCAAUGUGGCAAAUCCUUUCCACAGUUAGGGGCCUUAAAAACCCACCAACGCAUUCACACCGGAGAGAAACCGUACAGCUGUGAUCAAUGUGGCAAAUCCUUUCCACAGUUAGGGGCCUUAAAAACCCACCAACGCAUUCACACCGGAGAGAAACCGUACAGCUGUGAUCAAUGUGGCAAAGCCUUUGUACAGUCAGCAACCUUAAAAAGCCACCAACGUAUUCACACAGGAGAGAAACCAUACAGCUGUGAUCAAUGUGGCAAAGCCUUUGCACUGUCAUGGGCCUUAAAAAGCCACCAGCGUAUUCACACAGGAGAGAAGCCGUACUGGUGUGACCAAUGUGGAAGAUUAUUUGCCUGGUGCACUCAAUUGAGAACCCACCAAUGCCGGCAUGCAGGAGAGAACCCGUACAGCUGUGACUAGUGUGAGAAAGCUGUUAUUGUACGGUAUGACCUAAAAAUCCAUCAACUUGUUCACACCAGAGAGAACCCGUCCUGAUGUGACCAAUGUUGGUAGUGACAUUUCUAGUGUAAUGUACUGAUUUACUGUAGUGUUUAUACUGUUCCUUAAGUUGACCUUCAAAGAUACGUGUUGAAGCAUUGUACUCUGUGCACUGACAAGUCAUACACUGGUUUAUUAUUUAAUGUAUUCCUAUGACACACACAUGCACUCAUUGAACACUUAAGCAUUGUGGUGGAGAAGUACCUAGAAUUAAUUGUGCAUAAUUUUGUAAAAAUAACAUGUUGAUGGGCUCAGAAACAUUGGUGGAAAGUUAGGGGAAUUCCAGCUUGUCCUGAUAUGACUCUGGUAAGAGGAGGCGGGCCUAGACUGCCCAGGAAACUAUUACGAGUGCAAGUAGAUAGGCUGGCUUUGAGGGAAGAACGGUGAAGCCAUGACACCGUUAUGUUCAGCCCAAGUGGGUAGGGUUAAAGAAAAAAGGUGACCAGGAAAUCAAACUUGGCAGAAUGGUUAGGUCCCAGACCCAGGCACGUCUGCACAUGGACGCACACGCACACAUGCACACAAACGAACAGACGCUCACUCACUCAGAUAGUAUAAAGGUUUUUGGAAGUUGUAUGAGCGGGGCUGUUUCUGCUGUGUCCGUUGUUUUCUAAGACCUGUAUUGUUGAGUUGUACUUUGCAAUUAAAGUAAUCUCGCUGGCUGUAACUUUUC